AUGGGAAUCACACGCCAUAGAACAACUUGGGGAGUGGACAAGGGAGGUCCUGGCCUCGAAAGUUGGAAGGCUUGGUUUCCGGAGCUCAAGAAGCAUGGUUACAAUGGUGUUGAGAUUGAUAUCCAUCAGCUGGACCCCGUUGCCGAGUUCCCACGCCUGAGAGAACUUCUAGACCAAGUCGGGUUGGAGAUAAGCGUUCUAGCCCAUAGUUCAUGGGUUGGAUACGUCGGUCCUAGACCCGUUGGUCUAGAUGCCCAGCACCAUCUCCAAAACUACCGCGAUGUUCUCCAAUCAACAGUGGUGCUACGACCAGUAGCCAUCAACUUCCAAUCUGGACAAGACACAUGGAGCGUCGAAGAGUCGGUCAAAUUCUACAAGGGCACCCUGCAAGUCGAUAAGGAGCUUGGUCUGACCGGUCAUGUUUUCCACGAGACCCAUCGCAAUCGAUCCCUCUCCACACCAUACCACUCUCUCCAAAUUCUCCGAGCUGUCCCCGAGUUGAAAAUCACUGCCGACCUCUCUCACUGGAUGGUUUGCUGCGAGCGUAUUCUGGACAUUAGUGACGAGGACCGCGCACUGCUGGAUGAGGUUCUCCCUCGCGUAAGUGGGACACCUCCACGCGAGAAUCGGAACAACACAAGCAUCUCAAUGCCCGAGCCUCUCAACCCCAUCUUCGAACAAGAGAGAUUGUGCAUGGAAAGACUGUGGGCCAAGAUCAUCGAAAGCUACAUUGACAGGAACGGCCCCGAUGCGAACCUCAUCUUCGUACCGGAAUACGGUCCCUUCCCUUACCACCCAUACGGGAGUGCCAAGACAUAUGGAACCGUGGCGGACGAAGAGGGGGCACGUCUUGAAGCUCUUUUCAAAGAGAUCAUUGCGAAGAAGACCGGUGCUUGA